UCCAUGGUACAUUAUAUUAUCCAAUCUGCGUGGAUUAAAUUUCGUAAAUGACCGACACAAAAUUUAGAUAACGAUUUUUAUCUUGAAAUGUUAUUGUUUUUAACAAUGCAUAUGAUAAGCAAUAAAAAAUAGUAAAUCAAAUUCACUAAAGAUAAAAGGUUCUGAGACAGAUGGUUUAUCAACGAGGAAAUCAGAGGGAAGGUUCCCCACAUUAUGUUUUCUUAUAUUCGGAUGAUGAAAAUAGCGGAGAGGAAGAAACCAUUUCUUUGCAACCACGUAAUAGAACUACAUCAUUGCCACGUAAAGUGGAAGUGAUAACUAUUCAACUUAAGCCAGAGGACACAUUGCAAGCUUUAGCAUUGCGGUAUAGAUGCACGAUAUCAGAAUUAAAGAGAAUUAACAAGAUUCAUAAAGAGAAUGAGAUAUAUGCAAGACGUUUCAUAAAGGUACCUAUUCAACCAUUUUCUAUAUUAACUGAAUCUUUAGAAAAGAAUCAGAGUGGACAAACAGACCAAGGUGAAAUAAAUAUUCCUACAACUGGAGAAGAUAUAGAAAGUACAACAGAUUCAUUAUUAAAUUUGAUAAAAGAUCCAGUUGUAACUGAAUCGCCAAAGGCAGAAAUUAAUACAAUUAUAUUGAAUUCAGUGUGUGAACCUUUGUCAUCGUAUGGCAGUAAUAAUAGUUUAGAAAUUGCUAGUUCGGAUUGUGAUCAAUUACUUAUUACAGCUGAAAGUAAUUCAGGAAGCUCUCAUUUAACAGAUACAUUUAAAUGUUCUGGUGAUGACUGUGGAUUAUCCUGGACACAGCUCCUUGGAUUUUCCCUACUAUUAGGUUUUGCAGGUCCUAUUAUAUAUAUACUUUACAUAGCUGAAUUUUCGUCUAAAAAUCAUUCAACUGCUAAUCACUAGUAAUAUUUCAAUCAAAACGAAAUAAUAUUGUUUCUACAUGGUACAAGAUGCUGAUAUUGCAAGAUAUGGAGUGAUAAUAUAAGUUUAUAAAAGACUAUUCUAAUUUAAAGAGUGAGACUGUACUAAACCAUGAAUUUGAAAUCUCUAAUUUGCCAUUAUGUAACUAGUAUUGGCAUAAGUAAGACAUUUAGUGAGUAAUAUAAUACUCUAAGUGAAUGAAAAUUACGAGAUACUGUUAAACAGCAUAAUAUUGUGCCUUUAUGAUUAAGUAUCUAUUUGAUACAUUAUAGAACGGUUCCGAAUAUGUAUGCUGUUGGCAUAUGUAUGUAAGUAUUAACAAGCCUCAGUUUUGAUAGUACGUUAUUCACUUUAAACAGAGGUGGCCAAAGAUCUGCUCAUUGGCAGUUGAUCUAUCUCGAAAUAUACUAUUAAGUGAUUUUUAAUUGUUUUUUUCUAUCAGCGAUAUUAAGGGCAAACCUAUUAAGAGUAUAUAGUACUUGUGAUGGAUUUAUACAUUUUAUAAUCGCGAUAUUGUUAUUAAUUAAGUGUACGAAUUAUGUACUCUGUAAUUAUACAUAGUGAUACUAAUGUGACUUUUGACAAUAUUUUAUUAUGAUGCUGUUAAAAUUAUGUAAAAAAUGCUUUUGAUAAGACAACUGUUAAUCUCGUUGAGAUUUAUAAAAAUAUAUAUUUUAACACAAA